GCAGGAGCGCGGAGGGCGGGCGGGCGGCGGCGCACGGCAGUGAGGGCCGCAAUGGCGGGCGGGUCGCGUGUCUGCCUCGUCUUCGCAGCAAUCUUGGCUCUCCUCUAUUCAGGAUGGUGUUCCGAAGACGAGGAGCGGUUGGUACGAGACUUGUUCCGCGGGUACAACAAGCUGAUCCGCCCGGUACAGAACAUGACGCAGAAGGUGGACGUGCGCUUCGGGCUCGCCUUCGUGCAGCUAAUUAACGUUAACGAGAAGAAUCAGAUUAUGAAAUCGAACGUAUGGCUGCGUUUAGUUUGGAUGGAUUACCAGCUGAUGUGGGACGAGGCUGACUACGGCGGCAUUGGCGUGCUGCGUCUGCCGCCUGACAAGGUCUGGAAGCCUGACAUCGUGCUCUUCAACAACGCCGAUGGCAAUUACGAAGUUCGAUACAAAUCUAACGUCUUGAUCUACCCAAAUGGAGAAGUACUUUGGGUACCUCCGGCUAUUUAUCAGAGCUCAUGCACCAUUGACGUAACGUACUUUCCAUUCGAUCAACAAACAUGCAUCAUGAAGUUCGGCUCAUGGACCUUCAACGGUGACCAAGUAUCCCUCGCAUUAUACAACAACAAGAACUUCGUCGAUCUGUCCGACUAUUGGAAAUCCGGGACCUGGGACAUAAUUGAAGUGCCCGCGUAUUUGAAUAUUUAUGAAGGAAACCAUCCCACCGAAACAGACAUCACGUUUUACAUUAUAAUUCGAAGGAAAACAUUAUUCUACACUGUCAACUUGAUCCUGCCUACAGUACUCAUCUCAUUCCUGUGCGUGCUCGUCUUUUAUCUGCCUGCCGAAGCUGGGGAAAAGGUAACCUUAGGUAUCAGUAUCCUGCUGUCACUGGUUGUGUUUCUGCUCCUGGUGUCCAAGAUCCUCCCGCCCACUUCGCUGGUGCUGCCUCUGAUCGCCAAGUAUCUUCUGUUCACCUUCAUCAUGAACACCGUCAGUAUCCUGGUCACUGUCAUCAUCAUCAACUGGAACUUCAGGGGACCUAGGACUCACAGGAUGCCACUGUGGAUCCGGAGCGUGUUCCUGCACUACCUGCCAGCCGCACUGCUCAUGCGGCGGCCUCGCAAGACGCGUCUGCGCUGGAUGAUGGAGAUGCCCGGCAUGGGAGCCCCGCCCCACGCCGCCGCGCCUCACGACCUACCCAAACAUAUCAGCGCAAUAGGAGCGAAACAGAGUAAAAUGGAAGCCAUGGAGUUAUCAGAUCUUCAUCACCCGAACUGCAAAAUCAAUCGUGCCGCUGGAGGUGGAGAAUUGGGAGCGCUGGGAGGCAUGGGUGCCCUUGGAGGCCUGGGCCUUGGGGGGGAGAGAAGGGAGUCUGAAAGCUCGGAUUCGCUACUGCUUUCCCCAGAGGCAGCAAAGGCCACAGAAGCUGUCGAAUUUAUUGCUGAACAUUUACGUAAUGAGGAUCUUUACAUACAGACUCGCGAAGACUGGAAGUACGUAGCAAUGGUGAUCGACAGGCUACAACUGUACAUCUUCUUCAUCGUGACCACAGCCGGCACAGUUGGCAUUUUGAUGGACGCUCCUCACAUCUUCGAAUACGUCGACCAGGACAGAAUUAUUGAAAUAUAUCGCGGAAAAUAAUUUAGGCUUCCAGUUAAUAUUGGUUCUUCCAAGUAGGUAAUCACCAAAUACCUAUCGUUAUUAGAGACUUUGUUUCCGUAUACUUAGUCGUGUCAAUUCUAACUCAUUGAUUUGACCUUUGCCAUGUGAUGAUGCUUUUCUGUAUUAUUACUACAGAGUUAACUAAAAAAUACGACUGCAAAAAACUCACGUUUAAUAGAGGUAGGUAGGUACAUCAUGAAUUGUAUAUAUAAUACAUUAAUGGGCCCUGAAAACAUUCCCUUCUGGGCAGUCGUUAAGUGUCGUAUCGAAAUUUGUCAAAAAUGUAUUAGGUACCUUUACUAUUGUUGUCGAUGUAUGUUAGUAGGUACUUAUAUGUUUGCUGAAAACAUCGAAUUUAUUUGCUCUUAUAUUUUUAUUAGUACGUAUAGUACUUAUUACUCAUAUUAGGACUAGACCUAUACUAAUAAGUAGUUUAAUUAGAAAGUAAUUUAUAGAUAAAAUGGCUGUGUUCGAGUCUUAUAAAAGCACAAUAGGUAUUGGAAUAAUAAGUACUUAAUUUGAAAGUAAGUUUGUAUUUUUAUCGAACUUUGAAACGUAAUAAGUAGGUUAAAAUUUAAAACACGUUUAAAUUUUAAAAAUAUAUAAUUUAAGGUACAUACCUAAUUUACCUAAUUUAAGGCACUAAAAGCAUAUUUCUUUUGAUUUUGAUGUAACCAAGUUGAAUUUAGACGAUCGAUUCUGGUGAUUGUUACAUCCCGGUAUGUCUUCAAACUAUUUAGCCUGCUUCCAGAAUAAAUUCGUCCUGUUCAUUUACACAUCGAUGUAAAAUAUAUUCAUAUACUUUUCAUAUACCUAGUAAAAUGUAUAAAGCUUUUACCUUUUUUAUUUCUUGUCUGGAGUUUUCACUGGUUUUUUCAUUUACCGAUAAAUAAGCAAUUCUUCCAUUGUAUGUAUGGGAUUUGUGUAAUAAAUCUCUCCAAAAAUCGCAUCUGAAAAUAACUUUAACAACUAAUAGCAAGUAAAUGUAAUUUUUCGUUCCGUGGUUUUGUAAUAACCUGUUUCGUAAUAAAUUGAUUUACCAGA